CAUAUCCAGUGAUUGAAUAAUAAUGGAAGACUAUACCAAAAUAGAGAAAAUUGGAGAAGGUACCUAUGGAGUUGUUUAUAAGGGCAGACACAAAACGACAGGUCAAGUGGUAGCCAUGAAGAAAAUCAGGCUAGAAAGCGAAGAGGAAGGGGUUCCUAGUACUGCAAUUCGGGAAAUUUCUCUAUUGAAAGAACUUCGUCAUCCAAACAUAGUCAGUCUUCAAGAUGUGCUUAUGCAGGAUUCCAGGUUAUAUCUCAUCUUUGAAUUCCUUUCCAUGGAUCUUAAGAAAUACUUGGAUUCUAUUCCUCCUGGUCAGUUCAUGGAUUCUUCUCUAGUUAAGAGUUAUUUGUACCAAAUCCUACAAGGGAUUGUGUUUUGUCACUCUAGAAGAGUUCUACACAGAGACUUAAAACCUCAAAAUCUAUUGAUUGAUGACAAAGGAACCAUUAAACUGGCUGAUUUUGGUCUUGCCAGAGCUUUUGGAAUACCUAUUAGGGUAUACACACAUGAGGUGGUAACGCUCUGGUACAGAUCUCCAGAAGUAUUGUUGGGGUCAGCUCGAUACUCAACUCCUGUUGAUAUUUGGAGCAUAGGUACUAUAUUUGCGGAAUUAGCGACCAAGAAGCCACUUUUCCAUGGAGAUUCAGAAAUUGAUCAGCUCUUCAGAAUUUUCAGAGCUUUGGGCACUCCCAAUAAUGAAGUAUGGCCUGAAGUGGAAUCUUUACAGGACUACAAGAAUACAUUUCCUAAAUGGAAACCAGGAAGCCUGGCAUCCCAUGUGAAGAAUUUGGAUGAAGAUGGCUUGGAUCUGCUCUCAAAAAUGUUGGUCUAUGAUCCAGCCAAGCGAAUUUCUGGCAAGAUGGCAUUGAAUCACCCAUAUUUUAAUGAUUUGGACAAUCACAUUAAGAAGAUGUAGCCUUCUGACAAAGAGGUUCCACAUGUUGUCUUAAGAACAGACAGUUCAUUCUUACUGUUAACUAUUUUUGUCUGUGUACUUCUCUUUGUUGUAAACUUCAAGCUGUACUUCAUCUUCUAAC